UGUCGAAAGUCGCUGGAAACCCUAAGCGCGCUCCCUCUCCCUCCCUCCCCGUCUCCCUUCGCCGCCGGAGCCUUGAGGAGUAAAUGGCGUCAACUUUCACGGCCAUGUCCUCAGCUGGCACUUUGGCUGCUCCUGGCAAUCGUGUGAUGGAUAAGAAACUAGCAACUUCACUGGACAAGUUGUCUUCUGUUUCUUCCAUUUCUUCUUCCUCUACAUUUGGUAGAAGGCGGAGCGUCAGCCUAAGGAAAUCACGGGAGCCCAAAAUCUGUGCCAUGGCAAAGGAUUUGUACUUUAAUAAGGAUGGAUCAACUAUCAAAAAGUUGCAAACCGGAGUAAACAAGCUUGCAGAUUUAGUUGGGGUUACUCUUGGUCCGAAGGGAAGAAAUGUUGUCCUGGAGAGCAAGUAUGGUUCCCCAAAAAUUGUUAAUGACGGUGUCACGGUGGCGAAAGAGGUUGAGCUAGAGGAUCCCGUUGAAAACAUCGGUGCCAAACUAGUGAGGCAGGCAGCUGCAAAGAACAAUGACUUGGCUGGUGAUGCUACAUCAGAUGGUACAACAACAUCAGUUGUUCUUGCACAGGGUCUUAUUGCUGAAGGUGUCAAGGUGGUUGCUGCAGGGGCAAACCCUGUCCUCAUUACUCGUGGCAUUGAGAAAACAACCAAGGCUCUUGCGGGUGAGUUGACAUCAAUCUCAAAGGAGGUCGAGGAUAGUGAAUUGGCAGAUGUUGCUGCCGUUAGUGCAGGAAAUAACCAUGAAGUUGGAAAUAUGAUAGCUGAAGCCUUGAGUAAAGUGGGUCGGAAGGGUGUUGUGACUCUCGAAGAGGGAAAAAGCGCUGAUAACAGCCUUUACGUUGUUGAAGGAAUGCAAUUUGACCGUGGUUACAUCUCGCCUUAUUUUGUUACUGAUAGCGAGAAAAUGGCUGUUGAGUAUGAGAAUUGCAAGUUGCUUCUUGUUGAUAAGAAGAUAACAAAUGCAAGGGAUCUGAUUAAUGUCUUGGAAGAUGCUAUUAGAGGUGGUUACCCCAUAUUGAUCGUCGCAGAAGACAUUGAACAGGAAGCCUUGGCAACUCUUGUCGUGAACAAACUGAGAGGAGCUUUGAAGAUUGCUGCCAUUAAAGCUCCUGGAUUUGGAGAGCGCAAAAGUCAAUACCUUGAUGACAUUGCUAUAUUGACAGGAGGGACUGUCAUUAGAGAGGAGGUGGGCCUUACCCUGGAUAAAGCUGACAAGGAGGUGCUAGGGCAUGCUUCAAAGGUGGUGCUUACAAAGGACACAAGUACAAUUGUUGGUGAUGGAAGCACCCAGGAAGCAGUGACUAAAAGGGUCGCUCAGAUUAGGAAUCUUAUUGUGGCUGCGGAGCAAGAGUAUGAGAAAGAAAAGCUCAAUGAAAGGAUUGCAAAACUCUCUGGUGGUGUUGCUGUCACACAGGUCGGAGCACAAACCGAGACAGAGCUAAAAGAAAAGAAGUUGAGAGUUGAAGAUGCUCUCAAUGCUACUAAGGCUGCUGUUGAGGAGGGAAUUGUUGUUGGUGGUGGCUGCACUUUGCUGAGACUUGCAUCAAAAGUUGAUGCCAUCAAGGACACGCUAGACAAUGAUGAAGAAAAGGUUGGGGCAGACAUUGUUAAGCGAGCUUUGAGUUACCCUCUGAAGUUGAUCGCCAAAACGCAGGUGUUAAUGGAAGUGUGGUCAGUGAGAAGAUUCUCUCGAGUGACAAUCCUAAGUACGGAUAUAAUGCUGCAACCGGCAAAUAUGAAGAUUUAAUGGCUGCUGGAAUCAUCGAUCCCACUAAGGUGGUUCGGUGUUGCUUGGAGCAUGCAGCUUCUGUGGCAAAAACGUUCUUGAUGUCAGAUUGUGUAGUCGUAGAGAUCAAGGAGGCUGAACCAAUUCCGGCAGGCAAUCCCAUGGACAACUCAGGCUAUGGAUAUUGAGGGAUUUGAGGAUAGAGAGAGUAAAUAAAUCUUGAACCUUCUCUCGGAAGAAGUACAUUAGAUGGCAAUGGCAUCUCGGUUGUCUCUUCUUCGCCUCAUUUUUGUAAAUUAAGUCGAUUGAUGACGUGACUAGGCUAAAGCUAGUGUUGCGGGUAGUGCGCAAUUUUGCAAUAUAAAUGUAUGCUUGCAACAAUUUUUGGACUAGGGAAAUCUUCUUUUCUUGAGUUACUCUCUCGUUCAACGACAAUCUCAUCGCGUGUAAUGGAUUGAUUCCUCGUCC